ACGACACCCUGAUCCCCAACCUGAAGUCACUCUCUCCCAAGUCUCCCAACUGAGCACAGCUUCACUCACUCUCAAGUCUCACCUCUCUACCUCACUCCGCCGUGCCCUGUGCCUCGACUGUGUGCCUGUCGUCCGAAGCUCUGCGUGCGGCCAACCCUCCUCGCCAGUGGCCUGCCUCUGCAACGGUGCUGCAACCCAAGGUACCCAGUCCGUCCCUGACUUUGCGUCUGCUUCUGCAGUGAGUGUAGUUUUAAUGGAGGUUUGGAUAAUGGCGUUUAGGGGGUUUUAUGGCUUAAAGACAAGUUGAGACUAAAUUAGGAAGUGAGGGUAGACAGUUGGGAGGAAGAAGAAGAAGAAGAAGAAGAAAUGCUGUUCAUAAUUGGAUUAGGAUUGGGAGAUGAGAGAGACAUAACGUUGAGGGGGUUGGAAGCAGUGAAGAGCUGCGAAAAGGUUUACAUGGAAUCCUACACUUCCCUCCUCUCAUUUGGGCUCGACUCUCAUGGCCUCUCCAACCUGGAAAAGCUGUAUGGGAAAACUAUAACUCUAGCAGACAGAGAGAUGGUGGAAGAGAAAGCCCAUCACAUUCUUGAAGAAGCUCGCCACUCCCAUGUCGCCUUCCUCGUUGUUGGGGACCCUUUUGGGGCCACAACCCACACUGACCUUGUUGUUAGAGCUAAGAAGAUGGGGAUUCAUGUCCAGAGUGUGCACAAUGCCUCUGUCAUGAAUGCUAUUGGCAUCUGCGGUCUCCAACUGUAUCGCUAUGGCGAAACUGUUUCCAUUCCGUUCUUCACUGACUCUUGGAGGCCCGAUAGCUUCUAUGAAAAGAUUCACAGUAAUCGAACCAUGGGACUCCACACACUUUGCUUGUUAGAUAUUCGUGUGAAGGAGCCCACCCUCGAAUCUCUGGCAAGAGGAAGAAAAACCUAUGAACCCCCCAGAUAUAUGACCAUAAACACAGCCAUUGAGCAGCUCUUGGAGGUUGUGCAAGAGCGCCAACAACCUGCCUACACUGAAGAUACCCAGUGUGUUGGGUUUGCUCGGCUAGGAAGUGACGAUCAGAUGAUUAUAGCUGGAACAAUGAAGCAGCUGCAGAUGGUUGAUUUUGGAGCCCCUUUACACUGCCUUGUCAUAACAGGCAAUACCCAUCCAUUAGAGGAAGAAAUGCUCGAGUUUUACAGAUGUAGGACCUAGUUACCACUUACAAGGUUGCAGGAACAUUUGAAUUUUGCAAAUUUUGAAUUUUUGUUAAUGUGGAGUUUCUACAGUCAAAAUUUAUGUGGAAUUUGAAUUCAUUACAGGCUAAAGAAUUAGACACUUGGAUUUUUUGUUUUUUUCUCACUUUAUGCUUUAGACACUUGGAUUUUUUGUUUUUUUUUUU